CACGGAGACGCUCAGACACACGGAUGGGGCUGUCAUCCUGUCACCCCUGACACACGGACUGGAAGCCUGGCAGGACAGCAAGGCUUCGGGAAGGACAUGGCACAGACGGUGACAUUGGGCACCUCCCCAGAGGGCCCUCGUCCCUCCUACAUGUACAAGGUGGUCCUGCUGGGCAGCAUGUCCGUGGGCAAGUCAAGCCUGGCCUACAGAUACGUGAGGAACGACUUCAGGGAGCUGCUGCCAACCGUGGGAUGCUCCUUCUUCACACAGACACUCGACCUGGACGAGGCCACAGUCAAGUUUGAGAUCUGGGACACAGCAGGCCAGGAGAAGUACCACAGUGUCUGUCACCUGUACUACCGGGAUGCCCAGGCUGCCCUCCUCGUUUAUGACAUUGCCAACAAGCAAACAUUCAGCAGAGCAAAGCUGUGGCUGGAGGAGCUGGAGAAGAGAUUCCUUCCCAAUGAAAUCGUGAUUGCUCUGGUGGGCAACAAGACAGACCUUGCUGCUGAGCGAGAGGUCACCACAGAGGAGGCAGAAGAGUUUGCACAAACAAAGGACCUCCUGUUCAUGGAGACAUCUGCAAAAUCCAACUAUCAAGUAAAUGAUGUCUUCAUGUCUGUAGUCCAAGAGCUCCUGAGGAGGGAAAAAGAGAAGGCAUCCAAGCCAUCCCCACAUGGGAGGUCGACCGUGGACCUGAGGGGCAGCGAGGCGAGGCCGAGGUGCUGCCGGAGCUGAGGAUGUGACACCUGCAGCCAGCAGGGCUGGACUCAACCCCCGUGAGGGGCAGUGACAAAGCAGGGGGCACUCAGAACUGCAGGGGACAGCUCAGCCUGACCACCCUCUCUCUCUCAAAGCCAGUUCAGAGCCCAUCCUGGGUCCUUUAGCACCAUCUUCAGCCAGGAGAUAGAGCACAGGGGUUUCUUCCACCAAUCUUCCAUUUGCAGAAAAAAGCACAGCCUACCAGGAACACUGCCACCAACCCUGACUGGUGACAUCCCCCCACCACCAGCUGUCACCUCUUUCCAUCUGAAAAGGGAGGGUUUAAUUUCCCAAACCAAAGACUCCAGUG